AUGGCUCAGUUGCAGCCUCGCCGCCGCUGGCGCUCCUCACUAGCCUCGGGCUUUCGCGCCGCCCUGGCCUGCACCAUCGUCGGCGUGGCCUCCAUCUACGCCCCGCCCGCCAUCCGCUGCCACCUCACCUUCCCGGCCUUCUCCUACGUCGUCACCGUGAUCAUAGUCGUCGACGCCACCCUCGGCAGCGCCGUGCGCGCCGCCCUCAGCGCAGUCCAGGCCACCGCCAUGGGCGCCGUGCCGUCCGUCCUGCCGCUGUGGCUGGCGCACCGCACCGGCGCCGGGGAGUCGGUGGUGGCGACGACGGUGGUGGUGGCGCUGAGCACGUUUGCAGUGGCGCUGCCGGGGUCGGGGGCGGUGGCGAAGCGGAUAGCGCUGGGGCAGAUAAUCAUCAUAUACGUGGCGAGGUUCAGGCAGGAGAGCAUGCGGCGGUCAGAUGGAGAUGGGGCGGUGCUGCUGCACCCGGCGAACGUGGUGGCGUGUACGGCGCUCGGGGUCGUGGCUGCGCUGCUGGCUGUGUUGCUUCCCUGCCCGCGGCUGGCCACGCAGGAGGUCAGGGCCAACAAGGCCGCCUACUUGGAGAUCGCGGCGGAGAGGGUCAGGCUGCUGGCCCACGCCUUCCGUUUAAUGCAGCUCGACGCUGCUGCAGGGUCAUCGUCGUCGACCUAUUGCUGCGGACGCCGGAGGCAGUGGGUGGCCGCCUGCAUCAUCUCGCAGGCCGACCGCGCGGCCUCCGCAGCCGCCCUCCUCCGCCGCCGCAUAACCUCCGCCCAAGGUGAUUUGCAGUGGGAGCGAAUGCCGGCGCUGCUGAAACGGUGGUGCAGGGGCGGCUGGGAUGACGAUGAAGAGGAUCAACAGGUGCACGACUUGAUCGAGAUGCCUCUGCGAGGGAUGGAGAUGGCCUGCAUCCAGAUGCAGAUGCAAAAGCGUGCACCCAACAGCAGCAGCAGCAUCUGCCCAACACCAACACUAACAUGGCUGCAGCAGGCCACGGACCAACGCGAGCAGAGGAAACACCACCCGUGGCCUUGGCACAAGGAAGCAAGGACGACAAGGCUGGUGGUGGCGGCCAAGUGCGCCUUUUCGCUGGGCCUCGCCGUCCUGCUCGGCCUGCUCUUCAGUAGCGACCACGGCUUCUGGGCGGGGCUCAUCGUGGCCACCACAAUGGCGACAGAACGCGAGUGGACCUGGGCUCUCGCCAUUGCGCGUGCCCACGGCACUGCCCUCGGCUCCGUCUACGGCGCCCUGGCCUGCCUCCUCAUCGACCAGCGUCGCCUCAUGGAGCUGCGCUUCCUUGCCCUCCUCCCCUGGCUCAUCCUCACCGCCGGCUUCCUAAAGCGCAGCCGCGCGUACGGCCCUGCUGGGGGCGUUGCGGCAGCGGUGUCAGGCAUCAUCAUCGUGGGUCGCCGCUACGACGAGCCACCCAUGGCGUUCACCGUGUCGCGCCUGGUGGAGACCUUCAUAGGCCUCGCCUGCACUGUCGUGGCCGACCUCGUCUUCCAGCCCGCCGUCAGGCCAUCCGCCAAGGCCACGAAGCAGCUGGUGCGCUGCCUCGCCACCCUGGCAUGCUGCUUCAACGACGACGACUCUUGUGGUGGACAGACGUCGACGAAGGUAAAAGCGGUGCAGGAGCAGGUGGCCCUGCUCAAGAGAUAUGUGGCAGAGGCUGCCGGCGAGCCCCAUUUCCUGUGGUCGGUGCCAUUCCCCGCGAGCUGCUACGACAAGGUAGCAGGGAGGCUGGACAGGAUGGCCCAGCUGCUCUCCCUCUACACGAGGGCGCUCGCGGUGACACCACCAGCAGAUGAGGCGGCGGAAGCAAUCCACCGCUUCCAUGGCCUCGUCUCCGCCUCCCUCGAGCACACCAGCGCCCUUCUCCACCGGCCCAGCGACGAUGAGAAGCAGCCCAAGGACCUGGAGGCCGGCAUCCGGCUCAGCAGCUGUUGCUGCGACGACGAGGAGGCACCGGAGACGUUGGUGCAGUCGUUCCUCGGCCACGCCUUGUUGCAGCAGCCACAACAGCAGCAAGGAGCAUCAGCCAUGGCUUCGAUUGGGUUCUGCAUGGGCGAAAUGGCCAAGGAUGCCCUGCAGAUGGAGGCUGACAUGCUCGACCUCACUCUCUGUUCCUCUCUUCCUCGGCAUAUCACUAUAAUUCAUUAG